AUGGCUAGAUGGCAAGUUCUGCUCUUUGAAUUUGACAUAGUAUAUGUAAGUCAGAAGGCUAUAAAAGGAAGUGCAAUAGCUGAUUUUCUAGCUAGCAGAGCCUUGGAAGACUAUGAGCCUUUGAACUUUGAUUUUCCAAAUGAGGACUUAUUGUAUGUGGCAAACACUGAAGAAAACCCUCGAAUAGACCACAUCUGGAAGUUAAAUUUUGAUGGAGUUUCAAAUGUUAUAGGUAAUGGAAUUGGGGCAGUCUUGGUAUCCCCAAGUGGAGAUCAUUACCCUGUCGCUAGCAAGUUGGACUUCGAUUGCACAAAUAACAUGGCAGAAUAUGAAGCAUGUAUUAUGGGUAUUCAUGCGACCAUUGAACGUAAAAUCAAAGUGCUAAAAGUGUAUAGAGAUUCCGCAUUGGUGAUAUACCAACUCAAAGGAAAAUGGGAAACCAGAGACCCUAAGUUGAUCAGUUAUAAAGAACUGGUUCUUGAAUUGAUUGACGAGUUUGAUGACAUCACUUUCUGUUAA